UGGGUAACAUGGGGAAGAGCCUCAAAGAGCUUAAGGCGAUGGCGAUGGUGAUGAUCGUGGUGUUGCAAUUGUCAUCGGAAAGCUGGAGAGUGGCCGAAGCGCAGGUAAGAGCUAUGUUUGUGUUCGGGGAUUCGUUGGUGGACAAUGGAAACAAUAACAUGCUCAUGAGCUUGGCUAAGUCGAACUACUAUCCUUAUGGGAUUGACUUAAGAGGUUCUUCCCACCACAGAUUUAGCAAUGGAAAAAACUUCGUUGAUUAUCUUGGAGACUUUAUGGGCAUAGCAUCUCCACCAGCAUUCGCAGAUCCAACCACAACCGGAUCUCGAAUAGUUGGAGGAGUAAAUUAUGCAUCAGCUGGUGGAGGCAUUCUCGAUGAAACAGGCCGACAUUAUGGGCAAAGACACAGCUUGAGUCAGCAAGUGAUUAACUUUCAAAGCACAAUGAGUCAAUUAAGGAGGAUGAUGAGCCCAAACAACUUCACUCAACAUAUGUCAAGAUCCAUUGGGAUAUUAGUCUUUGGAAGCAAUGAUUAUAUCAAUAACUACCUUUUGCCUUUGAUGUAUUCUUCAAGCUACUCUUACACCCCUCAAACCUACGCCAACCUUCUCCUCAAUCAUUACACGCGCCAAAUUCAGGCGUUGUAUAGCUUGGGUUUGAGGAAAUUUUAUAUAGCGGGGAUUGGACCACUUGGAUGCACGCCUAGUCAAUUGAUCACGGUUGGUUCGGGUAGGUGUGUGGAUAAUGUGAACCGAAUCUUAGGGACAUAUAAUGAAGGGCUUAAACAUCUUGUGACAAUGCUCAACAAUGGAUCGCAUAGGGGCGCGAUGUUUGUGUAUGGUAACACAUAUAGAACAACUGGAGAUGUACUUAACAGUCCAGCUACUUAUGGGUUUAAUGUGGUGAACAGAAGUUGUUGUGGAAUAGGAAUGACCCGAGGAGUGACCAAUUGCCUUCCUUUCGUUCCUCCUUGCUUCAAUCGGAACCAAUAUGUCUUUUGGGAUGGCUUUAACCCGACACAAGCUAUGAACGCGAUUCUUGCUCGUCGAGCAUAUUCAGGAACAACGAGUGACUCCUAUCCAAUCAACAUACAACAAAUGGUCUCGUUUUUUAAUGUAGUUUAA